UUUUUACUCGAUUAAAAUUCAGUUGAGGUGAAAACCAAACGCAGAGAGAAAAGUCUGGAUUAAUCAGACGAUUGUUUACAAUUGGGAAAGAAAGGCGUGAAUCUUCAAAACUGUCAAAAAAAUGUGGAAGUCCUCAGAAUUUUGCGACUUUAACUUGUCGUGGCAAAGUGACCACGAUCCAAAUUUUCUUUCAACUUAUACUGUCAUUCAAAACGAUGAUGACUGGGAUGGCACAGAGGAGAUUGCGGAUGAAGCAAAUUCAUCAUUUAUUACCUGUAACAGGUGUGAACACUCAUGUUCACUAGAGAUCAGUUGUGAGUGUAAGCCUCAUCAUGGUGUAUCUAUUGUUGGCUUGAUUGUAAGAAGUCAGGCUAGAACUCUAGAGCUGUAUUCUAACAGUGAUGGUUACUUACAGACAGCUAGAGGGAAAAAAGUGCAUGAAGAUGGCAUAUUCUGCUGUACAUCAAAACUUGAAACUCCUUUUUUACAGUUUGUUGGGUUAGGUGAGAGGACAUCAGUUAAAAUUUACAAACUGCACUUUAUUCUGGAACAAAACUGUGACAGCAAGACCAGUAGCAAAGGUAGUACAGGAAUGAUAGAUAUAUCCAAGGUGAAGGGUUACCUACAUAGUAUGGGGGACAGUGCCCCUGAAGGAGGGACAAAACUUCUUCAUGCUGUCGAAGAUUACCAGCAGACUCAGAUGUCCAAGUUGGGAGCAUUAUCAUCAGCUUUAAGUGUGGAAGGUGCUGACACCUCAUCCAUGCUUUCAAAUCUUCUUUCCAUGGUAACUAAAUCACAUGACACUAAAACAUCCAGUGAUAAAACACCAACUUCACAAUUAAGAAAUGAUCAAGAAAUCAAACAACAGGGCAUGAAAAACAGCAGUCCAUUAACUGCAAUGUUGAUGUCAAUGUCAAGGUCACAGGAUGUGGGUCAAGGUGAAUCAGAAGGUCAAGGAGGGAUGUUUGCUAUGUUACAAAAUAUCUGUGGGAAAGUAGGCCAGAUGAGAGUAGCAGAGCAUGCAGCUGAAACAGGGGCAGAAACUCUGCAAGAUGACCAAACUGACGUUACGGAUACAAGGUCAAAGUCUCAUCCAGAUGUUGGUGCCAGUAAUGAUGACACAUUAUCACAAAAUCUGACUGGUUCUCAUAUUGAAAUGUUGCAGGCAACAAUUCAACAGACUGUGUCACAAAUGGUGCAAUCAAGUGAAGAAAAAAUACUUAAAUAUGUUGAUACCAGACUAAACACAAUGGAAACCAAACUUAACCAAAAACUUGAUACAAUAAUUCAGUUGUUACAGAAAAAAGAUAAUAUGGUAAAGGAUUCAAGUCUGGAUACUUGAAAAUGUUUGAAUGUAUAUAAAAGACUAACUGCUCUGUGAUACUUGUUUUAUUAACAUGCAAGCAUCUACUCAGGAUGUGAAAAGCGUU